CUUUCGCGCGAGGAGGAGGAAAUGCUGGCGUCGCUGACGGCCAAGGCAAACGCCAUCAAGAUGCUGCACUCGCGGAUCCAGCUCAUCACGACCUAUCUGCAGCGUUUGCCGACUUCAUUUAUCUAUGGCGAUGCUCAAGACGGAGGUGCUACUUCGGAUGAGGAGAGCAUGGACACGGACCCCAACAACACCAUCCCGUCGCUCAAUAUACUCCGACAGAUCCAGGCCCUGGUCAGCCGCCUCGGCCUCGUCAUCCCGUCCGACAGGGAGGCAUUUAAUAGGGAAGUCCAGAGCGAGACCAACAACGUGCAUCUCCUCGGCCUCUUGAACUCCAUCAUGCAGGGCGUCGUGCAGGCAAAGGAUGUGGGCAGGAAAUUUCACGCCAUUGAGGCGAGCAAGGUUGCGGCGAGGCGCGGGACGGUGGAGUAUUCGACUGGAUCGUCGUUUAGUAUUUCUGGGACGGGAGAUUUGCACGUCUGA